CAUUUCUACACUUCUCAGCCUUGAUUCAAAACCAAUUUAAGUCUUCCAUCAAAACAUUUCAAUGUGAUGGUGGAGGUGAGUUCAUGGCACUUAAACCCAUUUUUCUUCAAAAAGGCAUACUUUUCUACAUCUCUUGCCCCUAUACUCCUGAACCAAACGGUUGGCUGAACGCAAACACAGACACAUUGUCCAGGUUGGACUCUCCUUACUUACUCAAUCAAACCUUUCUUUUUCCUUUUGGGAUGAAGCCUUUGCUACUAGUUCUUACCUUAUCAACAGAACACCCAACAAAAUCAUUGAUUAUCAGUCUCCCUUUGAAGCCCUUCAUCACAAACAACCAAAUUACCAUGACCUUAGAUCCUUUGGUUGUCUUUGUUAUCCCCUACUCAAACCUUACAACAAACAUAA